CGUGCGCGUGACGUCAGAGGUAGCGAACGAAGUCUCACGCCAGGAACACAGCGGCCAUUUUUUCUCGGUAGCAAGGCUUCCUUGCAGAGUGUCACCCGGAGUGUUGCGAUCACUUUGAUAAGCUUACAAGUUUGAGCAAGUGUCGGGGAGGCUUAUCGACGCAUCCGACGUCCAAACGACAGGACAAAAGCCAUGCCAGUGUUGUCUUCUGCGAAGGUUUUUCGCUGACAUCCUUGCCCGAGUAGAGGCUUGUCUAAAAGUGUCGCACAAAUGGAAAUGGUGCCCAGCGAGGAGAACCAGUUCGUGUCGAAAGAGAUCCAAAAAGCUGCAGAGGAGCCCAGAGUGCUGUGUAUAAUCCAGGACAUUACCAGUGCGAAGACUGUCAAUGAGAGGUUGACCUUUAACCUGCCAGCAUCCACUGCACUCUCCAAACUUUAUGAAGAUGUCGCCCACAAAGCAGGAUAUGUGAACGGCUCAUUUGACCUCGCCUGGGGAAACACACAUGACAUGGCACCUCUGGACCACAGCGGUGAAAUGUCGCUCUUGAAUUGUGGCUUUGAGCCUGGCGGAAAGAGGAAUUUCCUUCAAUUGACAGACAAAGAUGGAGUACAACCUCAGGUAACAUCGGAAGAGUCAGCAGCUGUAGAUAGCAGUGGACUUGAUGAUUGCUCCCAAGAGCGCUUCAUUGGACCCCUGCCGAGAGACAGCACAGUUGGCUGUAGUGGUGACUGCAGUCCCUCUUACUCUUACACCUCCAUUCUUAACAAAUCUGAGACAGGUUAUGUGGGUUUGGUCAACCAAGCAAUGACCUGCUAUUUAAACAGUCUUUUGCAAACUCUGUUCAUGACCCCAGAGUUCAGAAAUGCACUGUACAACUGGGAGUUCGAGGACUCAGAAGAGGAUCCAGUCACUAGCAUUCCCUACCAGCUGCAAAGACUGUUUGUUCUACUUCAGACUAGUAAGAAACGUGCCAUUGAGACGACCGAUGUGACGCGCAGCUUUGGCUGGGACAGCAGUGAGGCUUGGCAACAGCAUGAUGUUCAAGAACUUUGCAGAGUCAUGUUUGAUGCCCUGGAGCAAAAGUGGAAGCAAACCGAACAGGCUGACCUGAUCAACCAGCUGUACCAGGGCAAGCUCAAAGACUAUGUCCGUUGUCUAGAGUGUGGCUACGAGAGCUGGAGAAUUGAUACCUACCUGGACAUCCCACUUGUAAUAAGACCUUUUGGGGCCAGCCAAGCCUAUGGCAGUGUGGAGGAGGCUUUGCAGGCAUUCAUACAGCCAGAAACAUUAGAUGGGCCCAAUCAGUACUUCUGCGAGCGCUGCAAAAAGAAAUGUGAUGCCCGGAAGGGUCUGAGGUUUUUGCAUUUUCCUUACCUGCUGACGCUGCAGCUGAAGCGAUUUGAUUUUGACUACACCACUAUGCAUCGCAUCAAGCUCAAUGAUCGCAUGACUUUCCCUGAGGAACUUGACAUGAGUCCAUUCAUUGAUGUGGAAGAUGAGAAGUCCCCUCAGACAGAAAGCUGCACUGACAGUGGAGCGGAGAAUGAAGGCAGUUGCCACAGCGACCAGAUGAGCAAUGAUUUCUCCACUGAUGACUGUGUUGAUGAGGGCAUCUGCCUGGACAGCACUGUCAGUGCAGAGAGGGUCCUUAAGCCAAAGAGUUUGCCAAGCUACGAGCUGUUUUCUGUCAUGGUACAUUCUGGAAGUGCGGCAGGUGGCCACUACUAUGCCUGCAUCAAAUCUUUCACCGAUGGCCAGUGGUACAGUUUUAAUGACCAGCAUGUUAGCAAGAUAACCCAGGAGGACAUCAGAAAAACCUAUGGAGGGUCCUCAGGGAGCAGGGGAUAUUAUUCCAGUGCCUUUGCAAGCUCGACAAACGCUUACAUGCUGAUUUAUAGAUUGAAAGAUUCCUCAAGGAAUGCAAAGUAUUUAUCUGUGGAGGACUUUCCAGAGCAUAUACAGAGUUUGGUUCAGAAAGAGAAAGAGUCUGAAGAACAAGAGAAGAGACAGAAAGAGAUUGAGCGCAAUACUUGCAAGAUCAAGCUGUUCUGUUUGCACCCUUCAAAGAUGAUGAUGGAGAGCAAGCUAGAAGUGCAUAAAGACAAAACUCUCACAGAAGCUACCGAAAUGGCCUACAAGAUGAUGGAGCUAGAGGGGUUGGUCCCUGUGGACUGCUGUCGCUUGGUGAAGUAUGAUGAGUUCCAUGAGUACCUGGAGCGCUCCUAUGAGAGCGAGGAGGACACACCCAUGGGCCUUCUGCUGGGAGGUGUCAAGUCCUCCUACAUGUUUGACUUGCUGCUGGAGACUCGGAGGCCAGAGCAAGCGUUCCUGCCUUAUAAACCUGGAGAGGUCAUGGUAAAGGUUCAUGUUGUGAAUCUAAGAACUGAAACCAUUGCCCCUCCAAUCAGUGUUCGAGCCUACCUGAACCAGACCAUCACUGAAUUCAAACAGCUUAUUGCACAGGCAACAGAACUUUCAGCAGAAACAAUGCGCGUGGUUCUCGAACGCUGCUAUAAUGACCUGAGGCUUCUCUAUGUUCCAAACAAAACACUUAAGGCAGAAGGUUUCUUCAGGAGUAACAAGAUUUUUGUGGAGAGUUCUGAGUCAACUGAUCAUCAAGUGGCUUUUACUGACUCGCUGCUGUGGAAGUUGUUGGAUCGCCAUGGGAAUACUAUCCGGCUUUUAGUUCUGUUGCCAGAGCAGGCUCCUGGCACUCUGACGAUCAGAACUGUUUGCCAAAAACUUGGCAGUGACGCGACCUUUGAAGGGUCAAAGGGCAACAGGAAAUCUGUGGAGGCUAUCCUUGAGGAGAGCACAGAAAAGUUAAAGAACCUGUCCCUGCAGCAGCAGCAGGGCUCCAGCACCAGCGACAGCCAGAAAAGCUCUGAUGCCAGUGACUUUGAACAUAUCGAGUCCCCAAGCCAAGAGCCGGACUCAAACUCACCAUGCGUAGCCGCAGACAACAGAGAAAUAGAGAAUCGGAUUGAGGUCACUGCUGGGUGCAGUAGCACGAGUGUCUCAUCUGACCCAGCAAACCAUUUUCCCUGCGAGGAACGCUCGGACUCUGAGGUAAACAAUGACCGCAGCACCAGCUCAGUGGACAGCGACAUCUUGAGCUCCAGUCACAGUAGCGACACAUUGUGCAAUGCAGACAGUGGUCCCAUCCAGCUGGCCAAUGGCUUGGACUCGCACAGCAUCACCAGUAGCCGUCGCUCCAAAGCCCACGAGGGAAAAAAAGAGACCUGGGACACUGCAGAGGAAGACUCUGGGACGGACAGCGAGUAUGACGACAACGGGAAGAACAAAGCAGAGGCCCAUUACUUGUACUUUAGAGCAGAACCUUGUUCCCAGGAUGAUCCUGCCUGUAAUGCACAAAAAUUUUUAGCAAUUCAUGUGGACAAGAGGAUAACAUUGGCAGCGUUCAAACAGAACCUGGAACCCUAUGUGGGUGUUGCUUCGACCCAGUUCAAAGUGUUUCGGGUAUACGCCAACAACCAGGAGUUUGAGAGUGUAAGACUCAAUGAAACACUGUCAUCGUUCUCUGACGAUAACAAGAUAACCAUUCGCCUUGGGAGAGCACUUAAAAAGGGUGAAUACAGAGUGAAAGUGUAUCAACUGCUGGUAAAUGAACAGGAGCCAUGCAAGUUCCUCGUGGACACUGUGUUUGCCAAGGGCAUGACUGUCAGACAGUCGAAAGAGGAGCUGCUUCCUCUGUUAAAAGAGCAGUGCAAGCUUGACCUCAGCAUUGACCAGGUGCGCCUCAGGAAAAAGACAUGGAAGAAUCCAGGCACCGUAUUCCUUGAUUACCAUGUAUAUGAGGAAGACAUCAGCAUCUCCUCUAACUGGGAAGUUUUCCUGGAAGCCCUUAAUGAGCCCGAGAAGAUGAAAUCGAUGUCUCAGCUGGCCGUCCUGACCCGUAGGUGGAGCCCAGCUACAAUGAAGCUUGGUUCCUUCCAGGAAAUCAUUCUGGAGAGCAGCAAUGUUGAAGAACUGAAGGAGAAGCUCAGUGAAAUCAGUGAAAUUCCACUUGAAAAGCUUGAGUUUGCCAAGGGUCGAGGAACAUUUCCCUGUGACAUUUCAGUGCUGGAGAUCCAUCAGGAUUUAGACUGGAACCCCAAGGUGUCAACGUUAAACAUGUGGCCUCUAUAUAUCUGUGACGAUGGUGCCGUGGUCUUCUACAGGGACAGCACAGAGGAGCCUAUGGAGCUAUCAGAGGAUGAGCGCAAUGAACUAAUGAAGAAGGAGAGCAGCCGCCUGCUCAAGACUGGACAUCGAGUCAGCUACUCACCACGUAAAGAGAAGGCCCUUAAGAUCUACUUGGACGGGGGCCCUGCCAAGGACCCGUGACAGGACUGAGUCCCAACGGCGUCUCUGGGUCACUUUGAUUUUCUGGCUGCUGCAGCCCAGUGGCUGACCGUCUCAGUGAGACUCAAGGUGUGGAUAAGCGGUCCGAAAAAAACUUGAAAGCCAAACAGUGUUGUGAAGUUGGAAUGCCCUCAGCCUCCUCUCUGAGCUCUGAAACCCUAUUGCACACUGUUGGAUGUAUCGUACUGUAAAGUUUAUUGGGAGUUUGAGAAGGUAGUCCUGCCAGAAAAUGAAUCCUACACACUGUUUGGACAAAUUGCCGUAACGUUGGAUGUUCUAGACCUGAACAUAUUUAUCCUGUCUCACUCGUCACACUUUUUCUGCUUGCACUUCCUCUUCUCACACUUCAUUGUCAAGCAUUACGGCAUAACACAUCAGGCAAGCUGCUCUAUGAUUGGUAUGUCUUCAUUCCUUGAUCAACACCACCUCCACUAGGUUAUCAGACCAAGAGCUUCAAAUUACUAAUGAAGAACUCCAAGUAAAGAUUCUCAUUUGAACAGCCUUGUUUUCUGUAAAUUGUGAUUCCCUUCAAUUGUAAUCGACAUUUGAGGCUGCGUUCACACCUGUUUGUAAUAACCUAAGUUGUAUUUGUUGAUUCAACUACCUGAUCUCUUGUUUAACUUACUUAGGGGAGCUCGCUUUUAUUUGGGUUUUUGACUUACAAGCAGGAGGUGGAGUGGGUGCCCCCACCCACUGCUGUUUGAUAAGAUGGACACCAGAGGGUGGAGAAAGGCCACCAAACCACCUGUGUCUCGACCUGCUGGGCUUUGAUGCUGGCACCAGCUGUUCACUGUAGAAAUGCCAAUAUCAGAAGAAAUUCUGUUUUUUUUCCGUGGGUGUUUGUUUUGAAAUUCAAAUCCUGUGAAAAUAGUUUGAGAUGAUUUUAGGAUUUAAUUAAAAUGCUUUAUUUCAUAA